UCUACUACCUUUUUGUACAGCUCUGCUAAAAAUAUGUAAAAGUGUAAAAAAUUUUGGAACAUAAUUUCGCCUCGUUUUCUUUUUUCCACACAAAAUAUUAAUCAAAUUGUUCGUGGCAAAAGUGUGUGUGUGUUUUUGGGUCGACACAAAUCCAAAAUUGAAACAUUUAACUGCAACAAAAACCUAACACUUUUUGAUAUUUUGUAACGCAAGCUGGCUCUAUUGCAUGAAGAAGAAAGAAAACACCAUAACGAAGGCAGGGCGAAAAAGAAGAAGAAAGCAACAGCGACAUCAGCAGCAGAAGCAGUAGCACUGACGGAAAUUGUUAGACUAGCACGAAGCAGCAGUGGUGGAACUGUGAUUGCGAUUGAUCGAGAACGUCUCCACACGAAGGAUCGGCACCUCAGAGGACAACAAAUUAAUUGGCAUUUAAUUGAUAGGUGAAGCCUGUUGACAUAUUCCACUACCACCUUUCGCUCGCUCUCUCUCUGCUGUGUAGGUUGUGCGCGUUCUGUGAUUUGUUGUUAUUGUUGUUGUUGCUGCACAGUGCCAGCAUAAAUGCUUCAACAACAUUGAUUACACAAAAGGUUCAAAUAUCAAGAGGAAAAAUUUGAAGAAGAAAAAGUAAUUUUGCCAUAUGGAAGGCAAUUGAGUCACAAGCAAGACGGACAAGCAAAAAAUCUCUUGGAGAUUUUUGUGACCUUAGUUACGUGGGAAGUUAUUGCAGGGACCAGGUAUUCAGUAAGUCAGCCAGCCAGCCAACCAGUCUAGUUGGUCCCUUUGAACUUCGACAGACAAUUGUUGAUUUGCAUUUUGUGUGAAAAUAAAGGCCAUGUCAAAUGGUGACGAUGUGCUAGACAAUUGGGAAGAAUUUGACGAAGCCGGUUUACAGACUUCUUUGAAAAACUCCAAAGCCUCAUCACAAGAUACCUCGUCUACGACAACAGAAAGGAUUGGCUCAUUAAAAUCCACAACAUUGCAAAAGAGUUCACAAUCGUUGUCAUCGAGUCAAAGUCAAAUAUCUUCUACUACUGCCACCACUCCAUCAUUGUCGCUGUUGAAACAUCCGCAACAACCACCAAUGAAAUUACUACAACGUUCAUCAACUCAGGCCCAGGAUUCUUCCGCAUCAACGCAAACAACGACUGCUGGAAAUAAGAAUUUUGUAAAAUCACCAUUGGACGAUAUGGCGGCUACAUUUGAACCGGUCAUGAUGGUUUUACACAAGCCAAACGAUGAGUACUCAUCAGCCACCUAUACUCAGCCGACAGUAAAUCAAACGGUAAAAAUCUUACGACGUCCCACUCAAUCGUCAGAGCCUCGCAAUAAUGGUAUGCGACCGAAACAACCGAUUAAGACACUCAAACAAAGGGAGCAGGAAUAUGCCGAGGCAAGGUUACGGAUAUUGGGUUCGGCGAAAAAUCCCGAAGAUGAUGAACAGAAGGCGACAUCAUCGCCAAGUGUGGCAACGUCUACCGGUAAUUCCGCACCUUCUACACCAACAACGGCUGCAGUUACAACACCUUCUGCUGCAACGCCGUCAUACCCAACAACACCAUUAAAUGUUGGUCCAACGAAAAUGAAUUCGCCCAAAACUCAAAGUGGUGGUGGCGGUGGACCACCACCCUACAAUAAUCACUAUCAAUAUCAGCAGCAGCAGCAACAACUCCAACAACAGCAGCAACAACAAUAUCAAGCGCAACCACAACCACAACAAUAUCAUCCGAACUAUCAACAACAACAAAAUUUCUACUACAACAAUCAGCAACCACAAUCACCUGCCUACAACAAUAACAAUCGCACAUUUAACAGUAUGCCCCUGUUGGGACAUGGACCGAUGGGUGCCAUUGGCCAGCCAGCAGCACAAUACCAACAGGGUCCAACGGUGCAUCAGCAACAGCAAAUGCAAAAAAUGCAACAGCAUUAUCACAAGUCAUCACAACAGCAAAAGCAACAGCAAACCUGGUCUCCAGUAGUGGGUGGCAGUGUUUCUUCAGCUUCGUUGAGGCAACAACAAAAUGAAAACUUGUUACGUUUACCCAAGGGGCCAGAUGGUACCAUUGGCUUUCAAAUGCGCCGGUAACGCGAUGAUAGGCCUCUGGACUAACGCCUAGCGAUGGUCGUCGCCAGUUAAAUGAAUUAAUCAAUCAUCAAAUCCUAAUAACUGCUAAAUUGUAAUAUUACUCAACUCAAUAUCUUUAUUAAGUGCAACGCCUUUCGGAUUCGAACAUUUGUUUUUUUUAUUCGUGGAACUGUUGCCGGAUAUAUUUGGCAUUUAAUAGAUAUAUUGGGUUAAACAAAAUAUAUUCCCUCGAUGUCGCUGCCGUUUAUUUUCUACAUUUGAAAAAAGAAGAAGAAGGAACAUUACUAUUUUUGGGGAACCAACAGAGAUUUUUGCUGUUUUAUAAAUGAUACAAAGAAGAAUGGAAUGGAAAUUCCCUAAAUAAAACAAAUGAAAGUAAAUUGUUUUACAUUUAAAAUUAUACUUUUCUUCUAACCACCCAAUUACGUUACACUUGUUUUGGCUUCUUCUUUUUUUUUACUAAUCCAGACCCAAUCUAAGUCCAAGUCCCCCAUAAACAGCCUUUUUACACAUUUUGUCACUGAUUGAUUUGAUUUAAAAAUUUGAUUUUUUUUUAAACUGUAUGGAACAUAUUAAUUAUAUAUAAUAUUUUACAAACAAAACUUUA